CUGGACACAUUGCAGUCGUAUCAGGGUGAAUUGUUAUAUAAAAAUAUUUAAAACCUAUAAAAACAUGAAAGUUUUGGUAAUUUUUCUGGUCGCAUGCUUAGCAUGUGCAUUAGCCAAAAAUGAUUCGUUAAAUGAGAUUUCAACGCCUUUGGAUCAGCAGUGCGGUUCUUAUUGUUACACUCUUCUAAGGACCUUAGUCCAGAGUGGAGACAAAGCUAAGAAGAAGGAAGAAGAAAACGCGAUUACAAUCCGCACCAAAGACACUCAGAUCAAGGAACUCGAAGCGAAGGUAGCCGACCUUCAAGCUAAUCUGGAACUUUUGAAAGAGAAGGAAAGCGAAUAUGAGGCGAAGCUUAAGUCGAAUGAUGAUUUAGUAAUAGACAUAGGUCUGAAAAUUGAUAGUCUCAAAAACAAAGUGGCGCAGAUUGCAGAAAUAAACUCAAAUACAACAGUGACUACAGUUAAACCUGAAUUUUAAAAGAAUCUUAUAAUUAUAAUCUUAAAUAUUUAAUAAAUGCGCCACUAGAAAAAAUAUAUAUAGAAAAUAUACGC